UCCUUCCAUCCAUUUUCUCUCCCCCUCAUGUCUCAGUGGCAGUUCUCUGCAAGUCAUCACACAGUCCACUUGACAGCAAGUGUGGAGCAUAUCAGAUUUCUUUUGUGGGACUGUAGAGUCACAGGCUUCUCACUGAUUCGGUAGAUGGUAGAGCAGCGCAACCAUCCAUUCAACUCUCAAGCCAAGAAAGAUGCGUUGAGAAAGAGUUUGCACCAUGAGUUGAUUGUUCUCUGUGGAACCGCCUUUCCCCACUGCUUUUGCCUGCAAACAUGGGUUUAUGUGAGAACAUGUGGGCCUGGAGGUGGCACGGCAGUGCUGGAGGAUUCAGAGGUGUAGUGGGAGUGAUGCUGCUGGUGUUCAGCCUGGCCCACCCCGUCCUGUCACAGACUGCUUGCAAAGAAGAUGCGGCCAUACAGAACCUUACCCAGCCUCAGUACUCGGACACAGACCAAAACAAUACAAAUAUGGGCUUUAUGGCAGCCCUGGUCCAGUCCUUUCUCUAUACUGUGCAGCCCAGCUCCUUUCCUACAGGUUUGAUGGUCAAUAUAACCAAAAAUCCCAGCCAAGUGCUGUCAGAUCAGACACUCAUCAAAGAACUCCUGGUGAGUGAGGUGGGAUUCCUGGUGUGUAUAGCCAUCGGGAUUCUGUACAUCGUUCUGAUGCCCAUAAUUGGUUUGUUCCUGGCCUGCUGUCGCUGCUGUGGCAACUGUGGUGGGAAGCUGUACCAGAAGCAGACAUCCUCCAUUCACUGCCGCAGGAGAACGCUCUACUGGUGUGCGUUCGCCACCACGAUCAUUAUCCUUGCUGGGAACAUCUGCAUGUUCAAAAGUAACGAAGACCUUGACAUGAGCGUGGACAGAAGUCCAAUGGGGCUGAAUAAAAGUAUUCAAAACAUCCAGACCUUUAUCACCGCUGUGCCUGAGCAAGUUACGUAUGUUGUGAAUGGCAGCUACAAAACCGUGGGGCAGGUUACCAACAACCUACAAAAUAUUGGAAAUCAGCUGGGAUCAAUGAUCCAGAGGCAGUUCAAUGAAACCCUGCAAAGAGCGUUGUACUCAGUUAAACUUCUGGAUCAAGAUAUUGUAAACACCAGCUUUCAACUGAAGAAAUUAAACUCGUCUUUGGACCAGCUGCAGUCCAGCGCAGACCGCGUCCAGGCCAACGUUGCCUCUGUGAAAAGUCGCAUCAAUCAGACUUUAUCCAAUCCAAACUGCACUGGGUGUUCCAUGCAUCUUCAAAUGCUACAGACUCUAACAGUGGAUACCACUAUUAAUACUGGCGGCUUGAAUGAUUUUCAGUCUGCAGUGGAUGAAGCCAUGCGAGCUAAUCUCCAAUCCCAAGUCAAUAAGGCGGAGGACUAUUUCAACAGCAUCCCCGUGAGCGUGACCAACAAAACCAAGAAUGUGGUUGAAAGCAGCAUCAACCAGCUGAAUAACAUAAAAACACAGAUCAGCUCCCAGGUCACCAACGGCCUCUCUUUAUCGGCUCUGAGCGAUGUGUCUGUGACAUUGAAGAGUGCACAAACAGCAAUCGACAGUUUCUUGCCAGAGCUCAAGAAAGCAGAGUAUAUCAGAUGGUGUGUGUGUGUGACUGUGUGCUGUGUGGUCCUCCUGGUGGUGGUGUGCAAUAUUCUGGGUUUGAUCCUGGGCCCUCUGGGUCUGAAACCAAAAGGAGACCCUGCGAAGCGCUCUUCUACAGCAGACUGUGGAGGCAUCUUUCUCAUGAUGGGUGCCGGUUUCAGCUUCCUCUUUUCCUGGUUGUUCAUGAUCGCAGUCCUGGUGCUAUUCUUGGUGGGUGGAAACGUUUACACACUGGUCUGUCGACCCUGGAGCAAUGGCCAGCUGCUGCAGUUAAUUGAUACUCAGGGCUUAAUUCCAGAGUUGCAAAUUGGCCAAUCUUUGGGACUGAAAACCAACAUCAGUAUCUCUGAGAUCUAUAGAUCCUGUGAAAACAACCAGCCUCUGUGGACAACACUCCACUUGUCUGAGAUCAUAAACCUUGGAGAUCUGCUAAAUGUGUCCAAAUACACAAAGCAGAUCCAACAGGACUUUGACAACACAAAUAUCAACCUGGCUUUGGUCACACUUAUGAGCCCCGAAAGUCAAAAGCAACUGGCAAACAUCUCCACCAAAGCUAAAGAUUUUGACUCCACUGCUAUCAUGCAGCAGCUAAACACCAUUUCCAGCAUCAAUCUGAAUACAACAGCGGAUAACCUUGAUAGUUUAGCUAAUUCGCAAUCUCCUGAUAUUGCACAACAACUCAGAAAGGAGUCUGAUGAUCUGAGGAAGAUCCAGGCUGACAUAGAUACAAAUAUCAAGCCACAGCUGAAAAAUGUGAAUUCAACAAUCUGGAGCCUUCAAACCACUGCAAAAAGAAUCAGUGGUACAGCAGGGGAGGUGCUGAACAACAUGAAAACAGCACAAGACUUUCUCAACACAAAUUCAACAGAGAUUGUAAAGACUGAAAGCAGAAGGUUUUUGGACUGUCAGCUGCGUUACGUCACUGCUUACGCUGACUGGGCUAAUUUCACAAUCACGCAGCAGGUGGGCCGCUGCGGGGCUGUGGCAGGAGCUUUAGACUCUGCCGGCGUCAUCCUCUGCACACACAUGGUGGAAUCUCUGAAUGCGUUCUGGUUCAGUCUGGGCUGGUGCAUAAUUUUCUUCAUCCCCAGCAUCAUCUUUACAAUCAAGCUGGCCAAGUACUACAGACGAAUGAAGGAAUCGGAUUCCUAUGAAAACCACAUAAUGAUGAACCACAUCCCGCGAGCACAGAUGAAGCAGCCCUGAGAAGAUGCUUUAAAGCACUGAAGACACAAAAGCUUAACAAUAUUGAAACACAUGCACUCCUGCACAGAUGUGGCAUAUUGUCACUCAGACUGAAAAAGGUUCCACACUUUCAAAGAUCCAGUUUUCACUAUAGGGUACGUACAAUAAUGCUUCAUAGGUGACGAACCGCUUCUUAACGUGACUCAGGACAAAAGGGAAACUGAAGGGACGUCUUUAAAAAAAAUAAAUUCAGAGUCCCGUAUUUCAUUUAUAGUUUUACACGUUUCUCAGGUUUUUAUAAAUAUUUUAUAUACAUCCCAUGUGUGAACAGAGCUGCUGAUAUAUUGUGUGAUUUUCAUUUAUAUAUUUGCAUAAAUGCUGUGCGUAGUUUUCUCAAAGAAUGCAACUGCACUGUUUGUCUAACGAUUUCAAACUGAAUUCUUGAUUAUAUUUGCAUUAAUGUUGGAAAUUAAAAUCAGGAAUCAAUAAAUAAGUACACUUUGGAAGAUGCAGCUUUUGUCCCUGUAAAACUUGCAUCGGUUUCUGUUACAAUUAUUCACCGAUAGGUUGCUGUGCACUUAUUUUUGACCGUUGUGACUGAUUGGUUGAUUAUUUUUGUAAUCUAUACUGUUUAGUGAUGGGUCGGUCGCGAACGAUCCGGUGUUGUGCCAAAAAGUGAUCGUCUGCCAGAAAGUGAUUGCCAGAAAGUGAUUGUCCAUAU